AAUUUUAAAAAAUAUUAAUGGGCUUAGCUGGACAAAUAUCACCCUUUUUCUAUCAGCUAAUAUAAUCCUUUCCAAUGCCAAAACAGUAAUGCGACCGUUAACUCACUGACUCAGUUCACUCGUUAUGGCUUCAUUUCUCAAGCCAUCACCGUCCAACUCUCACCUUACCUUUAUCCCUAUCUCUUUUUCUUCCUCCUCUGUUAUCUUAUCUUCUCCGUUGUACCAAACAACGUCGCUCCGCGUUCGUCUUUGCGCGCUGACGACCGACCCCGACGGCGGGAGAACCGCGAGCCAGGAAUCUUCCGGCGCUGAUUUGUUAAGGAAGCCGAGUAUAGUUCCAGAUGAGGACAGUGGCGGAAUUUCGGAGGAAGAGGAUGGUAGUAAGGAAAAAGGAAAUAGAGGUGAAUGGAUUGAUUGGGAAGACAGGAUUUUACAGGACACUGUUCCUCUCGUUGGUUUCGUUAGAAUGAUUCUUCAUUCUGGAAAAUAUGGAAGUGGAGAUAGAUUGAGUCCAGAGCACGAAAAGACUAUUCUGGAGAGGUUGCUUCCUUACCAUCCAGAGUCUGAGAAGAAAAUCGGAUGUGGAAUUGAUUACAUUACUGUUGGUUACCAUCCUGAAUUUGUAGGCUCAAGAUGUUUGUUCAUAGUUCGAAAAGAUGGUGAACUAGUUGAUUUUUCUUACUGGAAAUGCAUCAAGGGCCUCAUCAGGAAAAACUAUCCCCUAUAUGCAGAUAGCUUCAUUCUCAGAAAUUUCCAACGGCCUAGACGGAGUUCAUGAGGGUAAUACUCUGAACUUGUCUACCACUAAUUUUGUUGCAUUUUUUUUGUAAUUUUUCAUAUUUAUGAGCUCAAAUAACAUUUUAAAAAUGAAAAGCCAUCACUGAAAAUUCUUAAAUGCUUAUAAUAGAUUCUAAAAAAUCACAUUCCCAAAAGAUUUUAAUGAGUUUUGCUGAAUGGCUUGACAUAUAACUGGUAUAAGGUUUAAUGUGCAUAUAUCAGUAAUUCUUGGUACCUCUCUCAAGGAAUAGGAUUUCACUAUUUUUCUAUGUUUGCUUCACUACUGUUCUCUCUCUCUCUCUCUCUCUCUCUCUCUCUCUACAAACAUUAACACUCUUACAGGAAGGGUUACAUACUGAUCUGGCUACCAAACUGCAUUAGCAGUUCACAUUGAAUUCAAAGUGUAAGAGACUGUACUUGUCAUGUUUUAUCGUUUAAUUGAGUCUAGAUAGUUAAUGGUUAACAUCAAGAAGUCAAUCUUUUCAUUGUGAGAAGCGUCAAGUGUUUAUUUAUUACUUAUUAAUUCUAUUAAUCGAAAACAAAUAUCACUUGCCUUCGCAAUUAAGUAACAUGAAUACUGAAUUAUACAUCUGUGCCUGUCAUUGCUGUAUUCACUAUCAUUACUUUCUUUUCAUCUGGCUCUUGCUUAUUGUUUUCCCACCUCAAUGCACUCUACUCAGAAUUAGUUGCCUACCAGAUUUUCACCUCACAACUUGCAAACUGAAACCAAUUUCACAUGAACCACUUCUAGGUGUCUUCCUUUUUUAUUCUUUCUUGAUGUCUUUUGGUGGUUGAGCCCAGUAAGCUCCUAAUCAAAUGUGAUUUUUUCAAAUCUCUGUAAGGACAGAACUAUUUGACGGCAUUGGAUUUUUGUUUCUGAGGUUCCUAAGUAAUUUCCAAAGAAUAACAGGUUAAAGAUGAAAAACAGCUGAGCUUUACUAUGUUUUUGGUUUCUCUUACCUCGGGCCAACCUUCACUCUGAUCUGCAACCAGAGUUGAGUUUGAUCUCAGCUUGUUCUCUUCUGUGUUACCAGUAACUACAUUUUAUAUAUAUGUAUGUAUAUAUAUAAUGAAAAGAGGAUAAAAUUCUAUUUGAACUUAUGCUAGUUGUAGUAUUGUCUCUCUGUUUCCAUCACAUAUCAAAGGAUUCAGAAGUUUAAACUUUAAUUAAAUCGAAAAGGGCUAUCUGAGGGUUAGAGCUGACAUUCUGUUUUUGUAUUAUGUAAUGUUGUUUUACGUCUCAUAUAUAGAUAAAUAUAAAUUUUGACACAUUAAUUAAA